GGACGUCGGAUCUUGUUAGAGAUUUACAAAGACCUCCAUCGUCAACAAACUGCGCUAGCGACGCAGGUCAAAACGGGGGAAACAUUGCGCGAUACAGUAAGUGCAUUUACAAGGCCGAGGCUUAUGGCCCAUUUCCCUGCACAGCCCCUCACACAGCUUCUCGGCUCGAACGGACCGGUCCAUGCCCUCACAUAUUCUGCCGGGCCCUCAACAUACAUUCUGACCGGCUCGGCCGAUCGCAACAUCAGGCUCUACAAUCCCGCGCGCACGCCAACAGCCACUGGCGCUCCACCGACCCAGCUAAUUCAGACCUAUGCGGCUCACGGCUACGAGGUUCUAGCUCUGACUGUCUCGCCCGACAACAGUACUUUCGCCUCUGCGGGUGGUGACCGCGCUGUAUUCCUCUGGGAUGUCGCCACCGCCCUCACAAUUCGCCGUUUCGGUGGGCCAAACGGCCACUCGUCUCGCAUCAACUCGGUGAGCUUUGCCGGCGAGGCUGCGAGUCUAUUGGUGAGCGGUAGUUUCGACGCGAGCGUCCGCAUCUGGGACGUAAAAAGUGGUAACGUGAAGCCAAUUAUGGUUCUCAGCGAGGCUGGAGACAGUGUCAGCUGCGUACUUGCUGGCGACGGCGAGAUCUGGGCGGGGAGUGUAGAUGGACGCGUACGCAAGUAUGACUUGCGAUGUGGAAAGGUGGUGACAGAUGUAAUUGGGUCACCCGUCACUUCUUUAAAAAAGACAAAAGAUGGGAGAGGUCUACUGGUCGGUAGUCUCGAUAAUCAGAUUCGGCUGAUGGACGCCGAAACAGGCGGCCUCCUCAAGAGCUACCGGGCCGAAGGCUGGAAGAAUGAUCAAUUUCGCAUGCGAAGCUGCUUCGGAGCCCGGGAGAGGUGGGUGAUGUGCGGUAAUGAAGAAGUCGAGGGUCCGGAUGGCCAAGUAAUAGUAUGGGAUACGCUGAGUGGAGAGGUGGCAGCGAAAGUUCUUGUUCCUGGAGCUGCUGCAGCGACUACGAAAAGAGUUGGCCCAGACGGAGUCAUGAAGGUCCGGAAGAAUGUCAUCAGCUGUGUGGCAUGGAAAGGCGAUGGAAAAGGUGACCAAUGGUGUUGUGGGGGCGCAGAUGGGGCUGUGACGGUAUUUGGAAGUCCCUAA